CGUCAAAUUGGCAACUGCUCGGAACCGUGAGAAGCUCAAUCAUGUGAUUAUUGCACAUGACUAAACACGUGAUACUUGGGCGAGCAACGUGUAUAUUUAGCAAAACGCAAAGUGCUGGAGUAACUCGGGCAGCAUUUGUGGAAGGAUAGAUCGGCGACGUUUCACAUUGACAGCCUUCUUCAGACUGAUACAGGAGCUGGGGAAAAACGCUGAGAACGCAGAGUGACAUUGGGGUUGUCUGCAUGUGUUUACCACACAUAAAAGAGGCAUUUCAGCUGCUUAGCAUCUUUUGCUCGGAUGAACUGUGAUACAUUGUGAGAACUAACCCCAAGUCUCAUUCUGAGCCAAGGAUGUGGCAGACACGACUAUUUGCCAUGGUGCUCAUCUCCAUUCAGCCAAUCUGCACUUCUGGGAAGUUUUCAUUUUUCCAUGGCAUGUUUAAAGAGGACAAGGUUUCUGUUCCGCCGACAGGAGAUAUUGAUCCUGGGAAGCCGCUUUUUCUCACUCCUUAUCUGGAGUCUGGACAAAUUGAAAAAGCCAGGGAGCUAAGUUUAGUGGGGCCUCUCGAUGGCCCACGUGUGAAGAGCUACUCGGGCUAUUUGACGGUGAAUAAGACCCAUAACAGCAACCUUUUCUUCUGGUUUUUCCCUGCACAGACUCGUCCUGAAAAUGCUCCUGUGCUGUUGUGGCUUCAAGGUGGCCCUGGAGGUUCAUCUAUUUUUGGCAUUUUUGUUGAACAUGGGCCUUAUGUUGUAACUAAAAACCUGACAUUGGAAGCCCGCAAGGUCCCAUGGACAUCAAAGUAUUCAAUGCUGUACAUCGACAAUCCUGUUGGCACUGGCUUCAGCUUUACUGACAAGCCUGAAGGUUAUGCACAAAAUGAAGAUGACGUUGGAAGGGACCUGUACAGUGCACUAAUCCAGUUUUUUCAGAUAUUCCAUGAAUAUCAGCAGAAUGAAUUCUAUGCUACAGGAGAGUCCUAUGCCGGAAAGUAUGUGCCUGCAAUUGGUUACUAUAUUCAUAUCAACAACCCCACUGCCAAACUAAAAAUCAACUUCAAGGGAAUUGCCAUUGGAGAUGGACUCUGUGAUCCUGAAGUAAUGUUAGGUGGUUACGCGGAGUUCAUGUACCAGAUUGGGAUCAUCGAUGAGAAACAAAAGCAGUAUGUCCAGCAGCAAACAGACAAAGGAGUGCAUUACAUCCAGCAGAAGAAAUGGGUGGAAGCCUUUGAUGUUUUUGAUCGUUUGUUGAAUGGAGACACGAUUGAAUAUCCAUCCUAUUUUGAGAAUGUCACCGGAUGCUCCAACUACUACAACUUUCUCCAGUGUACGGAGCCACCAGAUCAAAGUUACUAUAAUGACUAUAUAUCACAUUCAGAAGUGAGGAAAUCCAUUCAUGUGGGUAAUUUGACUUUCCACGAUGGAUCAAAGGUGGAGCUACACCUGCUGGAGGAUAUUAUGCAAUCAGUGAAGCCAUGGUUAACAAUAUUAAUGAAUAAUUACAGGGUAUUGUUGUAUAGCGGCCAGCUUGAUAUAAUAGUAGCUGCUCCUUUAACUGAGCGUUUCCUCCUUACUGUGCCAUGGGCCAAAGCUGCGGAGUACAAAAAGGCAGAUAGACACUUUUGGUUUGUCCAUCCCAGUGACAAAGAAGUGGCCGGCUAUGUUCGAAAUGUUGGGGAAUUUUAUCAGGUAAUUAUUCGAGGUGGAGGACACAUAUUGCCAUAUGAUCAACCUGAAAGAGCCUUUGACAUGAUUGACCGCUUCAUCUCCAAAACAGGAUUUUUCUUUUGAUCUCUGUGGUGGAAUGAAUUCUGUGGGGCAGCGGGUGGAAGGGAUUGUAUGUUAAUGAGAUAAUAAAGAACAAAAACAUUGUUGUGCAAUGUAAUGAAAGCUUUCUUAACCAUUUGUCAAGGCAUGGAAGAUGUGAAUGGAAAGAUAAUUGCUUUAUUUUGUGGACAUAGUCCCCCCAUUUCAGGGCACCAUAAUGUUUGGGACACUGCAAUGUCAUGUAAAUGAAAGUACCCUGUAGUCAUGUUUAGUAUUUUGUUGCAUACCCUUUGCAUGCAAUGACUGCUUGAAGUCUGCAAUUCAUGGACAUCACCAGUUGCUGGGUUUCUUGUCUGGUGAUGCUCUGCCAGGCCUGUAUUACAGUCAUCUUUAGCUUAUGCUUAUUUUGGGUGCUAGUCCCCUUCAGCUUUUUCUUCAGCAUAUAAAAGUCAUGCUCAGUUAGGUUCAGAUUGGGUGAUUGAUUUGGCCACUCAAAAAUUGACCAUUUUGUAGCUUUGAAAAACUCCUUGGUUGCUUUAGAGGUAUGUGUGGGAUCUGGAGCAGAUAGGAUGCAUCUAUACACUUCAGAAUUCAUUAUGCUACUACCAUCAGCAGUUGUAUCAUCAAUGAAGAUAAGUGAGCUAGUACCUUCAGCAGCCAUACAUGCCUAGGCCAUAACACUCCCACCACCGUGUUUCACAGAUGAGGUGGUAUGCUUUGGAUCUUGGGUAGUUUCAUCUCACCUCCAUACUUUGCACUUGCCAUCACUCUGAUACAAGUUGAUCGUCAUCUCAUCUGUCCACAAGACCCUUUUCCAGAACUGUGGUUGCUCUUUUAAGUACUUCUUGGCAAACUGUAACCUGGCCAUCCUAUUUUUGCGGCUAACCAAUGGUUUGCAUAUUGCAGCGUAGCCUCUGUAUUUCUGUUCUUGAAGUCUUCUGCGGACAGUGGUCAUUGACAAAUCCACACCCGACUACUGAAGAGUGUUUCUGAUUUGUCAGACAGGUGUUUAGUGAUUUAUCUUUAUUAUAGAGAAAAUUCUUCUGUCAUCAGCUGUGGAGGUCUACCUUGGCCUGCCAGUCCCUUUGUGAUUAAUAAGCUCACCAGUGCUCUCUUUCUUCUUAAUGAUGUUCCAAACAGUUGAUUUUGGUAAGCCUAAGGUUUGGCUGAUGUCUCUAACAGUUUUAUUCUUGUUUCUCAGUCUCAUAAUGGCUUCUUUGACUUUUAUUGGCACAAUGUUGGUCCUCAUGUUGAUAAACAGCAAUAAAAGUUUCCAAAGAUGAUGGAAAGACUGGAGGAAAGACUAGGUGCUGAGAGCUCCCUUAUACCUGCAUUAAGGAGGCAUUUAAACACACCCGCACAAUUACAAAUACCUGUGAAGCCAUGUGUCCCAAAUAUUAUAGUGCCCUGAAAUGGGGGGACUAUGUAUAAACACUGCUGUAAUUUUUGCAUGGUGAAACCAAAAUGAAUAAAAAUGGCCUUUGUUAAAAUCUGUCAAUCUGCACUUUAA